AUGAGGAUUGCGUUUGAGAACCCCAGCAAUGCAAGGGAGACCGUUUGCGGUGCACAGCUUCGACCUAAUCGUAAAUUCAUCCUUUGUUCCAGGGGUGUUCCACUCUGCGGCAGUCCCACACCGCCGGCCAAUAUGCUGCGCCCGGAGUCGCCGCUCGCUGACCACCGCAGCCUGCUGCCGCGGCGGCUGCUCCCGGCCAAGGCGCAGAUCGCCCCGGCCGACAAGCGCAAGAACAGGCGCUCCCUAGAACUCAACCCGCCCGCCGACCACGCGCCCUACGACUACCCCAAGCUGCUAAUAUCCAAAACCACCGACUCCCUGAACACAGAAUGCCCGCGCAAGAUAAUCAACAAGCAGGACUCCACCGACAGCCUGAAGCGCGCUCUACUCUCCAAAGAAGACAAGAGGACCGUCACGAAGCAGGACUCGAGCGAGAGCCUGAAGAAGACCCUGCUCUGCCGGCAGGAGUCGAACGAGAGCGCAAAGAGGCGCGACUCCGACCCGAAGAGGUGCGCGGAGGUGAAGCGGGGGAGCGAUAAGAAGGGACUUCUCGAGACGGACUGUGAUGACACGUGCAAGAGGAUUUACGAGAGGCGGUCCGGGUGCGCUCGGCCCACCCUCCCCCCGGUGGCGGAGAAGAGCGCGCCCCCGCAGAAGUCGCCCAACGGCAGCCCGCGGACCCCUGGGGUCGCGGCCGUGGCGGAGGGCGUGGUCCGGUGGGGCAGCGGGCUGCUCUCGCCCAAGGAUGAGCCCAGGCUGAGGCCCGCCAGGAGCUGGUACGGGUACGGCACCCUGCCGACGGACGGCGAGAAAAUGGGAGCGGGCGCGACGGGCCCCGGCGGCCGGCGGGCUCUCGAGUUGAUCCUGAGCAGCGGGCUCAAGUCGCUCGCACGCCCAGCCAAGCCCGUGCGCCGCGCCGCCUCGCGCGACUCGGUGCUCGCCCAGCCGCAGCCGCUGCUCGAAGGUCUGAGGAAGUGCUCGACGGUGUUGGCGCUGACCGAGCGAGCCAGCGAGCCGAUACGCGCCCACAACAGGUUGCGGGCGCCCUCCGUCUGCUCCCGAUGCUCCUCGCUGCUGUCCCUGGCGGGUGCCGGUGGCUCCAGAUAUUCGCUGGACGGCGCCGGCGGUGGAUUCGUGCCCGCCGCGCCGGUCAACUGCAAACUCUGUCUGGAGGACACGCCGCCGGACAAGAUCACGGUCAUCGGCGGCUGCGGAUGCUCCUUCUGCACGAAGUGCAUGAAGGCCUACGUGGAGUUCGAGGUAUGCAAUGGCGCUUACGAGGUCUCGUGCCCUGAUGCGAGGUGCCGCGUCGGCGCCGCCCUCACGAUCGACGAGAUCUCCGCUCUCGUGGAGUUCCCCGUCCUGGAUAAACACCUCAAGUUUCGCAUCAACCACGAGGUGUCGAUGGACGUCGGCCGGGCGUUCUGCCCCCGCGCCGGAUGCGACACCAUCGUGUCCGUACGCGCAGCGAGCCCAGCCCACUGUCCCACCUGCCGCCACGAGUUCUGCUCGCAGUGCAACCAAGAGUGGCACGGCGGCUUGACGUGCGAGGCCGCCGCGGCCUCCUCGUCGAUGGGCGGCGCCGGCGCUCCCCUGCUGCCGGAGUCGGAGCUGAUCAAGAUGUGCCCCAUGUGCCGGGUGCCCAUUGAGAAGGACGAGGGCUGCGCUCAGAUGAUGUGCAAGCGUUGCAAGCACGUGUUCUGCUGGUACUGUCUCGCCUCCCUCGACGACGACUUUCUGCUGCGCCACUAUGACAAGGGGCCGUGCAAGAACAAGCUCGGACACUCGCGCGCCUCGGUUCUCUGGCACCGUGCUCAGGUGGUCGGUAUAUUCGCCGGCUUUGGACUUUUGCUGCUUGUGGCAAGCCCCCUACUUCUGCUAGCCGCGCCCUGCAUCGUCUGCUGCAAAUGCAGACUCUGCAACCCCAACACGAAGAAUUUGGAGGAGGUGGACGAAAUCGAAAGCAUAGGUCCGGGUCGCGACGAAGACGGCGACGAUGUUUCGCGCCCUAGGUACCUCUCCGAU